AUGGCACUUUUCGCCCUGUUGGGCACUGCAACGGCGCAAACGACGUCCGUAAUCAGCGUUCUGAACCCUUACUUUGGGAACAACCCCUACGACGCGUCCAUCAAAGCCGCUAAUCCUACCGCGACGACGUACAUCGUGAGCUGCCAAACGAACAGCACGAAUUACCAAUGUCGCGCCGACCCCUCCGGUCUCGCCAUGACCCUCGUCGGCGGCCCGUCGACCAUGGAGCUUCACAUUGAACGUACUGCCAGCGGAAUAUCAAUCGAGUAUAUCGGUACCAUCUCGGACGGUUACCUGGAUUACCAUGCGGUCGCGACAAGCAGCGGCAAAACCGUCGCGCUCACUGAAAUGAGAAUCUCGCCUCUGACGGGCACAAGUCUCUACGUUCCUCUCACCGUCACCGCCGGCCUUGAGAAGUUGCAGCAAGCUCAGACCGGCGCGACUGCGACUGCGACGGCGACGGCGACCUCUACAGGUUCGGCGCAGACCGGGUCCGGGUCCGGUUCCGGUGCGACGGCGACGAACGCGCAGGCCUCAUCGACGUCCACGCACAACGUCGCUGCACCCCGGGGCGGCCAGAAUGGUCUGCUCGCCGGUGCUGUUGUCGUUGUUGGUCUUCUGAUGUUCUAA